GUUUUUGUUUGCUCGCGAAUGGUUGAUAAGAGGAAUAUUUUUGAUAUGAGAAAUGAGAUUUAUUUUUUAUUUCACCUUCGUGCCUGUAGGUUACUUUAUAUUUUUCUAACUUAACAAAUUGAAUAAAUCAUGAACUUUGCCGGGAAAGUUGUCCUCAUAACUGGAGCAAGUUCAGGUAUUGGAGCAGCAGCAGCUGAAACGUUUGCCAAACUUGGAGCUAGUCUGGUGCUAACUGGACGUAAUAUUGAGAACCUUAAAGAAGUUGCUGUCAAGUGCUCCGGUGUUAAUCAAUUACCACUUGUCGUGCCCGGCGAUGUUACCAAGGAGGCCGACAAUGAAAAGUUAGUCGCAGCAACUCUAGAAAAAUAUGGCAAACUUGAUGUGUUGGUAAAUAAUGCUGGGAUUAUUGAAACUGGCAACAUUGAAAAUACUAACAUGGAACAAUACGAUCGGGUUAUGAAUACCAAUAUAAGAUCAAUUUAUCAUCUAACAAUGUUGGCGGUGCCACAUUUGGUGAAAACUAAAGGAAAUAUAGUCAAUGUUUCGAGUGUCAAUGGUAUUCGUUCGUUCCCAGGUGUCUUAGCGUAUAAUAUUUCGAAAAUGGCAGUCGAUCAAUUUACUAGGUGUGUUGCUUUGGAAUUGGCUGCAAAAGGUGUUCGUUGUAAUUGUGUUAAUCCUGGAGUGACAGUAACAAAUUUGCACAAGCGUGGAGGAAUGGACGAUGAGACUUAUGAUAAGUUCUUAAAGCACUCACAGACUACCCAUGCUCUUGGCCGACCGGGUACAGCAGAUGAAGUGGCUCAAGCUAUUGCUUUCUUAGCCAGUGAUUUGGCUAGCUUUUCGACUGGAGUUAGUCUGCCUGUUGAUGGAGGUCGUCAUGCUAUGUGCCCACGUUAAUUGUGUAUUUGGAACUUCUUCCAAAAAAUAAUAAAACUGGCAUUUAUGUAAUCAAUUUCUUAUAUUUUUAAUAAAUGUUGAUAUUUUAACUAACUUUAA